UCUCUACCUUUAGCUUUUAGCCAUCGCGGCUAACGACAUUUCCUGGACAUUUUCUCCUUCUAAAUUUAUUUUGUUUGUAUUUUUGUCGUUCUUGUUUGCGUGAAGACUGUGCCAUGGUUGUGUUGAAUAGCAAUAACAAUGAGGAACAGGAUGUAAUCCUCAUUGAGCCACGCUGCUCAUCUCUACCCAGCUCUCCUGCCAAACGUGUUUCUCCAGCCAAAAAGAAGCAGUUCUUCAUAAACCAGGCCAUCCGUAAUUCUGACCUCACUCCGAGAGCCAAGGGCAGGAAGAGUCUGAGACGCCAGGAAAACACUCGCUUUCUGGACAAUCUUUUGGAACGGGACGAGUGCUCUAAAGAGGAUGGUGAAGGGUACGAAACGGCUUCACCAACCAUCUUCACUGAAGCCUGCACCAAUGGAAACUAUGUGGAGUACUGGAGUGAUUUUAUGAAUCGUUCUGGGGAAGAGCAAGAGCGACUGUUGGCUCUUCUAGAAGAGGAAGCCCAGAGGACCCACUCCACCAAGAGCCAUAAAGACCAAAGAGAGGGAAAUCCUGACUUCAGUGCACAGGAAUGUUUCCAGAGGAUUGAUCGAAGGUUGCGUUCAACGCUGAGACGCAAACAGAUUCCCAUGGGAGUGUUGGAGGGGCUGGAGUCAGCUCUGCUGGGAUUCUUCAUGGCACAUCCAAACUCAAUUUACUUGACCAAACUUAGCAGCAGUUAUGAGCGACUACUGCUUCAUGCUGUCUGCCAAUACAUGGAUCUUACCUCUGCUAGCUCUGAUUGUAAUGGUGCACGCCAAACAGAGGUGGUCAACAAACAGGAAGAGUUUCUCCCUCCUCAGCCGCUGCUUUCUGCCUACCUGGAGCAGAUGAACGGAGCUGAGCUGCCAUGAAUCCUAGCCAGAACUAGUACCAGUGCUGUUCAUCCAGCCAGAACUAGCACCAGUGCCCUUCACAUGGCCAGCGGGAACUCUGGAGCAGCAUUAAAGUCAAAGGACCUGGCCCUAACUAGAGUGAUGUACUCAGUCUCAUGGUCUUUUUAAAUGCAUUUUCUGGUCUUUUGGAGCACCUAUAAGUAGAUGUUGUUACACACCUCUCUUUAGAAAUUAUCUGAUUUUUUUUUCUCAUGUUCCACAAUUUUUCCAUGUGCUAUCAGUGGCCUCUUUAUAUUUAAGUAGAAACAUAGUUGUGUGUGAACUGAUCAAGAGGCAGAAUAUGAUUUGUUCAUAUUUCGAUGUGACAACUUCAGCAAAAUCUAAAUGCACAUCAAAAAGCAAAUGGUGGUUAUUAGGCUGUUUCUGUUUGUUUACAUCUCAAGUCAAGUCAAGUGGUUUUUAUUGAACUGAAGUAGUAACCAAUUCUCAUGCAUUUGUACAAACUUGUAAUUUGACUAUUUCACUUCAGCCAAUCCUGCCUGACAACUAAAGAGUGAUCAGUAGACCUUUUGUGCCCAGCAUUCUAUCAAGAACUUGAAUUUCAGUUUUCAGUUACUCUGUCGAUUUCAGGCACUUCUUAUUUACCUUAAUGGUCAACCAACAUGCACUUACAACUAUGCCUUACCUGUGCAGGCUAUGUUUGUAUUUAUAUAUUGAGCCUUAACAUCAAGGCUAUUAUGGUUUACAUACAGGGAAAAUCUUUUAAUGUUUUUUACCAUCAAGAGUCCUGAGACACUUGAGCAGUUCUUGCAUUGGUGUUUAUAACCAAAGUGUAUGUAUGCAUGUAUUAAACACUGAUUCUCAGGCAUCAACCCUCAUGAAUGUGGACAUUAAACAUUUACAUUACUCAUGUAAUCAUGUGGAAAUCACGUUUUUGUCAUAGUGAGUGUUGAACCCUCUUUGGGGGAAAGAGUGUGCUUUCUAGAACAAUAUGUAUAUCUGUGUGCCAUUAAUUAAGUUUAAUGCUAUUUAUACUGUGGUUGCAGAACAUGAAUAUAGAGUGCUUUUUUGCAUUUAGUUUUUAUAUGUGGCAAGUAUCUGUACUUAGGACAAAUAUAAUGAACAUGAUCAUAGAUGUGUGAUUAUUGUAUGGACCGGAUGCAAAUCAGUUUGGGCAUAUGAACCUAAACAUGAAAAUAAACUCAAGUUAC